AUCGUGAUAAGAUUAAAUGAUUUAUCAAACAUCCAAUCGAUCCGAGUGAAUUAAUUCGAUUGAUUGUGAUAGGUUCAAAUGAUCGAUUAAAUAUCUAAUCGAUCCUAAAAAAAAAAUAUCACAAACAGUGGCAACAUAUUGGGUCACCACUAUUUGAAGUCAUUAUCGGCGACCGUAGUCGCCACUAUUGAGAGCGCAAAAUAAAUUAGCGCCAUCUAUUGGUGCAGUUUCUGAAAAUUUCAUACCAUAUUUUUUGACCAAAAUCCCUAAUCACCAAAAUUCGACCUCCCUCAUCACUCUUGAUCUCUCACUCACUCUCUCUCUCUCAUUUCGGCGCACUUUUCUCUCUUUGACAGCUCUCUUUCUAGAGGCCCUUGAUUUGGCGGAAGGCCAUCAUUCCCAUGAGCGGUCUGAUGACAUACACUCAUCGGGAGUCGCACCAACCGCAAGCUCUAGCACGCUUGUUAGACGGCCAAGAGGUCAAAACAAGAAUUUGAACGUUAAUGGUAUAAUAGAUAAGGAUGGUCCGCUCACUUUGGAAUUCAAGGAUGACUAUGUUGUACCUGUGGGCGAAAAUGCUGGGGUGUGGUUAAGGAUAAUUUCUAAGAUUGUCCUUGAUCAUUGUGACCUCCAUUAUCAGAGCAGGAGCAUGGUCUGAAAUAAAAUUUGAAGAUAUUGGGUGAACGUGUGAAGGGUAAGUUCAUUUUGGAUAUGGAGUUAAAAAAGUACAAUGAUGAUUUAAAGUAUCAAUUACGUCUGGCCUAUAAUAGGACACACUCCAAAUUGCACCUAAAAAAAUACAAAAUUUAUUUUAAAGACGUGCAGAGCCGGGAUUUAGUUGCGGUGGCCAACGCUCAAGUCGAGGCGAGAGCCAAUGUUCCAAAUGGUAUUUGUUCGAAACAAAGGCCUACUAUAUGUGACUUAUUCGAAGCCGACUCGUGGAAGGCCAAAUUUGUGCGAAAUAAGAAAAAUAGAGCAAAGAUGAAAACAAAUCAUACCGCUGGUGCCUCGACGUUCAUCAAUGUCAUUCACAAGAAGAAUGAAAUGAAAUCAAUGACGGCAAAUUUCGACAACACUAAUGCCAUCCAAGAAGACAUUGUCUUAGAGGUGCUAGGUGAAUGUCGCUCAGGACAUGUUAGAGGAAAUGGUUGUGGUGCUAUACGUACCCGGUCAAAUUUCUCAUCAGCACGCAUCCAACAAAACCAUGAUGACUGCUUGGCUAAACAACUAGAAACUAAAGAGAAACUAACUGCUAUGCUUGCUGAAAUUAAGGAGUCAAAAGCAUCACAAGCUCCUAUGGAGGCAAAAAAUGCGGGAUGCAGUUGCUGCAUUCCAGGCUGAAAUUAUGGAGUCAAAAGCAUUUCAAGCUGCUAUGCAAGCACAAAUGGAAAGGCUACUAAAACAUCUAAGAGGAUUGGAGGGAGCUCUUAUGGAUCUCAAGCAAGCGGAAGCAACGUUUGAAAGAACUUUUGUUGUAUUUUGUUCAAGAUUUUAUUUUAAUAUUAUUAAGAUUUGUCACAAAUUUGGUAUAUAAUAGAGGGUUAGAACUUUAAAUAAUUUGAAUGUUUAAGAACUUGGAGGUGCUUCAGUUGUACUUUGUUGAAGAAGUUUUAAUAUUUCAAAAAUUAUAACAAAUUUGGUUUGUGUUGGAAGGGAAAAACUGCAAACAGUUUUUUUUGUUUAAGAACUUUGAGUGGGUGAACCUUUCUUGACAUGUUUAUCAAGUUGAGUAAACAAUGCAAGAGAUU